GGGACUAUGGGCGGCGUGCGCUGGGCUUUUCCCUGCGCCGCCUGGCGACCCCGUCGCGAGGAGUGGCUGCUGGCGGCGCGGCUGGUGCAGCCUGAGGAGAAGGAGCGCAUCGGCCGCUUUGUCUAUGCUCGCGAUGCUAAAGCCGCCUUGGCCGGUCGCCUGCUGAUGCGGAAACUAAUUGCAGAAAAGCUGUUCAUACCUUGGAAUGAAAUACACUUGCAAAGGACAUCGAAAGGAAAACCUUUCCUGGCAAACAACAUAUUCAGUGUAUGUUCAAAUUACAACUUCAAUGUCUCUCAUCAAGGAGAUUAUGCAGUUCUUGCAGCUGAGCCUGGGCUUCAAGUUGGCAUUGAUAUAAUGAAGACUGAUUUACCAGGUAGUAGCUCAAUUCCAAAUUUCUUUCGUAUCAUGAAACGACAGUUUACUGAGACAGAGUGGCAUGUAAUCAAGUCUAUGAAUAAUGAGUGGAUGCAGCUGGAUAUGUUUCAUCGACACUGGGCCCUAAAAGAAAGCUUCUUAAAGGCUAUUGGAGUUGGGAUUGGUUUUAACUUGCAAAGAAUUGAAUUUAAUGUGUCCCCAUUGCAAAUGGAAAUAGGGAAGGUGUAUAAUGAGACCCAGAUGCUGUUGGAUGGAGAAAAAGAGGAAGAAUGGACUUUUGAGGAAACACGGUUAGAUGACUAUCAUCACGUUGCAGUGGCUCUUGGGAAACAGGAGGGAUUUGGACAGCAACAUACUGAUGUAUCUUCCAUGCAGCCUCAUCAACCACAGUUUACAUUACUGACUUUCGAAGAUUUAGUUGCACCUGGAAUUCCAAUUACAUCUGAGGAUUCUGCAUAUUGGGAUAACUUUUGUUCUAAACAAGAGAGUCCAAUGAAACAGAGUUCAGAUUCAAGAUGAGAAUGCUUAGAAAGAAAGGAUCGUAAGAAUACAUGUUUUCCUUCACCAGUCCCUUUGUCCUCAUCAAUCUCAGACAAGGCUGCCUGCUCGUCUGCUCGCUGCAGAGGUGGGGAAGGCACCUCUGGUUGCACUGGCUACAACCACGAGAUGGUACUGUUUGCGGGCAGGAUGUCACCUGUCCAAAUCCUUUUGGAGGUGGUGCCCCUCCUUGAAGAGCAACAUGACAGUGGGAUUAUGUUUCUAAUUUGAUUCGUUAGAGAUCUUCAGUGUAUCCUCAUGAGGCAGGAGCUGGCCUUAAAAUCAAGUGAGAGGAGCCAGGAUUUGUGCCUCAAAUGUCUCACUGGCAUAGUAGAGUUCAAGCUUUGUGGACCUUACAAUUAUGCAGUCAUACAAUGGCUUGGAUUGGGAUGGACCUUAAAGACCACUGAGUUCCAAUCCCCCUGCUGCAGGUAGUGUUGCCACCCACCAGAUCAGGCUACCCAGGGCACAUCCAACCUGGCCUUGAACAUCUCCAGGAAUUGGGUAUCUAUAAUAAUACUCAAGAAGUACAUCUAGCAUUCAGUGUUCUGUAGAAAAGCCAUUUAAUUCUUUAUUCUCUAUGCUAGGUUUCUUAUUACUUUCUAAUUUAUUCUCCAUUUGUGACUUUUAAUUUUAAAAGAUACCAUUUAGGUUUAACUAGACCAAUUUUCAGUACUGCAAUGUCACAUCUUCUGCUCUUGAUUUUGAAAUGAAUUUGAGGGUGUGAUAAAAGCAUAUGAAGAACAGGUCACAUAGAUCAAGCUGGGCUGAGCAGCACUGAAAAUGAUUCUUUCAAUACAAAUUCAUCCUUUAUUUAGUUCUAGAAUGGAGUUCUAAUUUAAAUUGAUGCAAGAGAACGCUUUUGUGAUGUUAUUGCCAAGCAGACUGCAAAUGUAACUGAGGACAUCUCAGCACAGCAACAGCAGCAUGGGCAGACCUUUGCACCUAAGCUCUGGCUGCCAGUGAUAUCUGUGUUGGAUUCUGCUACUUUUGGUUAAAUAACAGCUCAAAACCUGUCAGGGCAUCAAUUUGAAUGCUUUGUGUUUUACAUUCUGUCCUUGACAUCAGGUAACAUUUAAUAUUUGCUGUUUUGCAAUCAUGUAUUCUGCUUUUUGGUUUAGGGGUGUUCCCCUGAUCUACUGCUUGUUGUAAACUGGCCCACAUUUUUUUUUUUUUUUUCCAAAAAAAAAAAAAACAAACAAAAAAACCAAACAAAUGCCAUGACUCAGACAGUUAGCAAGCCAGAAUCAGUCUAAUUCCACUGAAGUGAAAGGAAUGUUGCAUACUAAAACCAGCUUAUAGUCUAGCCUAGUAUUUCUGAAAUAAUGAUCCCAUUCAAAAUCCACGCCUUGCCUGAUGUUUUCAAGGCUAGGCCUGAUUCGAGCAUAGAAACACAAAGUAUGUAUUGCAAAACAAAUGUUGCAUAGAAAAUAAUGAUUUAAGUGAAGUGGGGCAUUGUGUUCACUACCAGAAGCCAUCAAAGAAUUUCAAGAACCACUCCUGCUGAGGCUGUGUUCAUAUUGUUUAUCUAAAUGCAAAUGAGAGCAUUGCUAUUCAUACAUCUGCUUGUCAUUUUCUUUCAUAAAGUUGAUCAGGGAAAAACUUUGGUGAAUUUUCUGAUAAAACACAACUUUGUAAAAUAAAACUCUGGUCAAUAUGAGAAACAGGCAAGGGCUUUUUAAUGAAAAACUUUUGUUAAAAAACCCUCAAGUUUUCUGUAAGUAUUGCCUGUAUUAGAUGCGUAGAAGUGGCUCAGUACUUUGA